UUUUACAAUAUGUGCAGCAAUGAAAGUCCACCACCAUCCAAAGAAUCCCAUACAGAUAGUAUGUCUGUUGAAAAUUCAAUCGUUGGUCUUUUACCAAGUCUUGAACACUAUCGAUUACAACUUUAUCACUAUGCUAUGGCAGAGCGCAUACGAUUAGCCCAACAUGUUCAUCCUCAUAAUGUACAUCCUGCUGUUAGCCAAACAUUGGGUAGUGGCCAAUCAAAUGAAUUACAUCUAGGAUCCAAUUUUACAGUGCCAUCAUCUAUUUAUCCACUAGGGACGUACUACCCUCGUAAUAUGGCCCUUUCAAUGGCUCUUUUACACCCUAAUCAGCAGCAAAUUCCUGAAGAACCAAAACCUCAACAUAGUUACAUUGGACUUAUUGCAAUGGCUAUUCUUUCAUCACCAGAAAAAAAACUUGUACUUUCUGACAUAUACCAGCAUAUCCUAGAAAACUACCCUUAUUUUAGACGUCGUGGACCUGGUUGGAGAAAUUCAAUACGGCAUAAUCUUUCUUUAAAUGACUGUUUUGUUAAGUCAGGAAGAAGUGCCAAUGGUAAAGGACACUAUUGGGCGAUUCAUCAGGCAAAUCUUGAUGAUUUUCGUCGAGGUGAUUUUCGGCGGCGAAAAGCUCAACGUAAGGUUCGUCGACAUAUGGGCUUAGCUGUGGAUGAAGAGCCUGAUAGCCCAAGCCCGCCCCCAUUACCUACAAGUCCAACGCCCACAAAUAUAUUCAGACCAACGCUUGUCAGUAAUUCUGUACCAACUAUCUGGAGCUCACAACAAUAUCAACAACACGCCCACCAACAUCAAAUGGUUAUUUCCCAGACACAGCGUCACGCCUUACUCCAACCCUCAAAAAAGCGCCAAUUCGAUGUAGCCUCACUUCUAGCUCCUGAUGAUGAAAUAGCACUGAGUAAUACUAAAUCUCGUAAAUUUAGUUGUAGUGAAGAUGAACAGGAACCUGACCAAGAUGAAGUAGAAGUAGAUGUGGUGGCUGAGUCCGAAAAACCUGUAUUGAGUCUUGGGACUUUUCCUAUCAGUGAUCAUCAUGGGUGGAAGAAUUCAAUUUAUUCAAUUUCAGAAAAUCAUUAUUUUUCUCAAAUUGAUCACUCGCAUGUACGAAAUUAUCAUGUUUCUACAAAUACAAGCACUAGCUCAAGCCUUUGAAUAUUAAGUAUAAGAAACAUCUGCUAUAUUUUUUUUACUUAUUCAAUCACGAAAGAGAGACUUCACCUGAAUAAUAUAGGUCCCCUUAUGUUGAAAAUACAUUGCGUUUAGAAAUAUAAAGCAUACAUUCUAAUAUAACUUAUCAAAAUUAAUAUCGUGAAUGCUAGGAAAUUUUACAAAGUAUAUGGCUGUGGAAUUUCUAAUGUUGGUAUUUUAAUAUUUACUUAUUCUUUAAUGUAAAUUCAAAACUUUUAAACACAAUCGAUGAAAGGACAUACAUAUUGAUGAUCGAGUAAUGUAAAUACAUGAUAUUUAGAAUUUAACGUGUUACGUGAGACUGAUAA